AAAAAAAAAAGAAUGAUAUUAAUGCGUAAAUAAUACAACUUUCAUGAACGAGUGAAGAAGUUGUUACAAUAAAUCGGAUAAAGUGAUUUUAUUCAUACAAUUUGGAAUCCCGUUUUCUAAUUAAUGAGCGGAGUAUAGCACAAUAAGCUGCAUACCGAGAGUGACUAAAAUGCGAUUGUAAAUAUAAAUAUAAUACAAUGCCUUCAUUUUGCAACUAUUUUGACACUGUUCAUAAAUAGGCAAAGGAAUUCGUAACACUUAUGAAAUUACUUUAAAUUAGAAAAAAAAUCGGCGCACAAAAAUAUCAAAUUAUUGAAAAUUGACAAGACACGAUAUUAAGGUAAAGCAUGUUUGGAAGUAUAGAGUAAACCACUGAGAAGAUGGCGUUUUACAGCGAGUCAUUUUUACAAAUUCUGCAAGACGAAUCGCCAGUAUCGUUCGAUAGUUCAGUGCCUGUAUCCCAAAAUAGUUCUGUACAAUGGGAUGAUGAUGAUGAUUCAUUCGAAGUUAGUGAGGUUAUGAACGUGGCGUCCAGCGACACUAAUUUAGCAGAUGCUUUACGGUCAAUUGAUGCCGCUCGGGGUUCACUGGAAGCUCAAACCCCGGACCAGCCGUCUGUUUCAGAGCAGACUCGUUCGAGUAGAACAAACAGUCUAAAGGAGGAAUUAAAGGCAAAAAUUCAAACAAGAAGAAAGUCUGAAGGAGUUGGCGAAUUACGCGUUCAAUUCGAAGCGCCAAAAUCUUACCCGCUAACGCCGGAAGAAAGAGAUAAAAUACAGAAAAGAAAACAUCGUAAUAGGGUGUCAGCCAACAGAAGUCGCUUUAAAAGAAAAAUGCAUGAGGAUAAUUUACGAAAGGAAGUGGAAGACCUUGAGAGAGAAAAUGAUAAAUUGUCUAAAGAUGUGAAAUUUCUACAAAAGAUAAAACAUUUACUAAGUUCAAAACUGACAAAUCAUCGAUGCACAAAGCAGGACAUGACGUCAUCAACUGCAAGACUGCGUACAAGGAGGAAUGGCGCGGGUACAAGCACGCAACCAACAGUUACACAACAGAACACAAAACUUGACUUCAACUCUACAACAAGUUGCAUUGAAUCUUCAACUUCCUGAUAAAUGUGGAAAAACUGUUGUUUCAUGUUCGUUAAAAUCUGCAUUGUCCCUCUAGAAUCUAGUUAUCUGUUAAUAGCUGCUUACUUUAAACAAUUGUAUAUGUUCAUACUUGA